AGGAUCUAUAUGCUAAUAAAACAACUUUCAACAAAUUACAUUAUAAAAAAUGUAGUUGGAAAGGUUAUCACAAUCACUACAACACGUCACAUUAGCGGAGCGAUAUCGCUAGUUAGCAAUUUCAAGUUUAACGAGCACGAGCACGAGCAGUUACAUCGCGCCAAGCCUGGCAAGCAGAACUUUAAUUUUUUCUCGUCAAAUUUCAACUUGCGAUACGUCAAAAUGGCACACAGCGAUUGCACACAACCUAAAAAAAUAUGUAUAGUCGGCAGUGGGAACUGGGGCUCUGCAAUUGCAAAGAUUGUAGGUAACAAUGCGGAGCGAUUGGAUAAUCUGGAUCCUAGAGUCACAAUGUAUGUUUAUGAAGAGAUGAUAAAUGGUAAAAAGCUGACUGAAAUUAUCAAUGAAACUCAUGAAAAUGUUAAAUAUCUUCCAGGCCAUAAGUUACCACCCAACGUAGUCGCUGUACCAGAUGUUGUAGACGCUGCCAAAGACGCCGACGUUCUGAUCUUCGUGGUGCCUCAUCAGUUCAUCAGGACGUUAUGCGCUACACUUUUAGGAAAAAUAAAACCUACUGCAGUAGCAUUAUCACUUAUAAAAGGAUUCGACCGCGCAAAAGGUGGCGGUAUAGACCUAAUUUCCCAUAUCAUCACACGCCAUUUGAAAAUUCCUUGCUCGGUCCUUAUGGGUGCCAAUUUGGCAGGAGAAGUAGCCGACGAAAAAUUCUGCGAAACCACGAUAGGAUGCAAAGACGUAUCACUUGGGCCUCUAUUAAGGGAUAUCAUUCAGACUGACUAUUUCAGAGUGGUCGUUGUUGACGAUGAAGAUACCGUUGAAGUUUGCGGUGCUCUUAAGAAUAUCGUAGCUUGUGGUGCUGGUUUCGUGGACGGUCUCGGUCUAGGAGAUAACACAAAGGCAGCUGUCAUCCGUCUAGGUCUGAUGGAAAUGGUUAAGUUUGUAGACGUAUUUUACCCUGGCGGAAAACUGGCAACCUUCUUCGAAAGCUGCGGUGUUGCCGACCUUAUCACUACCUGUUAUGGAGGUAGAAACCGAAAAGUCAGUGAGGCCUUCGUUAAAACGGGUAAAACUAUUAAGGAACUUGAAGACGAGAUGUUGAACGGACAAAAACUCCAAGGGCCUUUCACAGCAGAAGAAGUCAACACUAUGUUAAAGAGCAAAAACAUGGAAAAUCAGUUCCCCCUAUUCACAUCGAUUUACAAGAUCUGUGAUGGCCAGCUUCCUCCAGCGGAGUUCAUCAGCUGUAUCAAGAACCACCCUGAGCACAUCAACCAACACACUACACCUACACUCGACUGAGGAACUACUUCCCAACGAAAACGAUUAGUACAAAUAACCGGUUGGUUGAAAAAAGAAGGGAUCAAACGUGGCGGCUUUUAAAGUGUUCUACAAUAUAUGUUACCGCAACUAUACCACACCUUUUUAUUUAUUAUAUAAAUAUAUAUUAUUUCUAUAUAUUUUAUUAUAAAAUAUUUAUUAUCUGCAGUAGUUCACCAUAUGUAAAUAUCCUAUUAAUUUGUCUUAAGCUUAUUAUUUAAGCAAGGAUACAAUUUUUUAUUAUUUUAUAUUUAGAAAUGAAUUUACACAUUUUUUAAGCAUUUUUGGUUUAUACAGCAGUAACAGUUUUAAUAAUUCAUAACAUAUAUAAUUGUUUUUAAUUGAGAUUCGGCAUUAGCUGUGAUUUCUUAACGUUUUUAAUAAACUAACCCAUCAGAGAAGGAUAUUGCAGGUGAAUAAUAUUUAUUUUUUAACUUUCUUCCUUCGUAACUUUACUUUGGAGUUAGCAUUAUUGCUUCUUUUGUAUAUAAUUAACCUGUUUAAGUUAUAUCUCUUCUUCUUAAGAUGCCAUAUUGAUUUACUGUCCAUUCCCUUAUAUUCUUUUGCCAUGUAUUCUUUACCCUUAUAUUCUUUUUCCCAUUUCCAUUGCUUUCAUGAUAUUUGUUUUUGCCUAAUUCUUUUACAUUUUAAAUUAGGUAGUAAAUUUCUAGUCAAUCUUAUUUCUAAGUCACUUGUUCUUCAUUGAACAUGUUUGUAGAUAACUAAUGUUGAUUGUUAUCUUUUUAGUAGUUAUCUAUUAAUCUCUAAAUCUUCUUAUACACGUUCAAUAAUUACUUUGGCAUACACAAUUCUUAUAUUGCUAUUUAUUGUUAUUGUUUUAAAGUUUAAAGAAUGUUGUUAAAAUUGUUGAUGCCCCUUAUAACUUUUUCUUUGUUGUUUCACAAACAAUUCAUAACGAAAUAUUGAUACUUAAACAACUGUUUUUUCUGUUUGUAUUAAAAAUAUGUGUAAAUUCUACAAAAAUUGUAAUUAACAUUGUUUAUAAUUCUUUGUUUGUUAAUAACGUUUGUUUUUGAUAUGAAGUGAUUUUUGAUUAUUGUUUCUAAAGUGUCAUACAUACCCAAUAAAAAUAUUCAUUUUUUGGAAACUAACACUUUCAUUAUUUUCAGAUACAUUCCCAAAUUCAUAACCUUCACCUGAAUCCACCCUCUCCCAAUAACCUGAUAAAAUCCAAAUUAUGGGAACAGUAAAUUUAUUGUAUUUUUUUUAUUGCAUUGAAUAAAUUUGUAUACAGUG